AACAAACCUUCUUUCAGAAAAAUAUAAACAUUCUUUGUUAACAAAAUGGCGAGUAACUCUUUGAAGCUUACUUUGCUGACUCUUUUCAUCUUUGCCAUCAUCUUUUCUCCGAUGACGACCUUGCCGUGCGAUGCAGCAAGGGCGCCGCCGCCAGGAGGACCGGCUCCAACACCGUUUCCAGAAAUUCCGAUUUAUUGCCCUCUAUGUUUGUGUUGUGCUCCUCCUCCAGCUCCAGGCAAAUGCUGCCCUUGCUUUUGCCCUCAUCCUGCUGAGGCUCCCAGUUAUUAAAUUCUCACAAAGACACACAUGAUUAUACAUGUUUUAUCCAAUAUAAUUGUUAUAUGUGUUCACAUUAUAAGAACAAGUAUACCCAUUAAAUCAUAAAAUAACAUGUAUGAUGUCAAGGUUUUAUGCAUACAAACCUUGGCAGGAUUUCAUGCAUGCUUGUUUAUGGUUGAUGUGGUUUUGAUUUUUUCUUAUGGAUUGAAUGAGUCUCUCUCUCUAUAUGUAUAAUGGUAAUAAUCAGAUUUAAUUUGUUUCUGUCACGUAUUAAAUAAAGGAGGGGAGUCCCCCAUUCUUCUCACUGCAAUGUUAAUUUGUUGCAAAUUUUUGCAACUCAGGUUUCCUGAAAUGUAGCAU